AUGCCUACCGAGAUCUCUUGGUCAUUUUCCUCUUCUCACGAGUCCUUUCCAGUACUCGAGCAACGGCACGGGCCCGCGUUCAAACCUUUCGUUCUUGUUGACUCUGUGCAGCUUACGAAUAUUAUGUUCGGCAGGUUCUUUUUAGUUAGUCUAUGCGGUCUGAUACUCUUGUGGAGCUCUGUUGCUGUCCAACAAUCAACGGCGGUGCCGUUGGGUCGCUAUUCGAAUGACAUUGUGGAAAGAGAACUUGUUCCACUCGUCGAAGGGGAUGAAAUACCACCCGUUUUGGUGGACCUUCAGGACCAAGUCGAGAACUUCCAACUCCAACUUGACCAAGCCAACGAGGGAGAACCGGGAUAUGUCGAUCUUUUGGAGCAAUUGACAGUUGCAAGAGCUAAAUUGGAUCGGGCACUGAGAGGCGUCGCGGUCUAUGUGUCCUCAACUGCAGAACCACCCACCGAAACCGCCACCACCGAUAUUCUUGCUAGUACUACCACAUUCGAAGCUGAUUCUGCAACGUCUACGUCUACGUCCACAUUCGAUACAUCUAGUGGAGACCCAGCACCCACCACUGUUGUCUCAGACACGCCAGUCACCUCUGACGUGGUAGUAGCGCCCGAGGUGACAACAGUUACGCCAGUCGAAACAUCCGUCGUCGUUGCUGCUUCUCAAGCAGUAACAAGCGAGAGGCCGCUGGAGACGAUUAUUGCCACCCAACCCCAGAGCAGCAUAGUCCUGUCACUUCCCCCAACAGUAACAAGCAUUAUAGCACCUGUCCAUGCUUCCGCCACUGCUCCUGGAAAGUCGGCUGACGCGACAGUAAAUGGUUCUACUCCCCAAUCAACAUCUAACCCGGCAACGAUAUCGACAGGCAAGGCCGCGAAUGCCUCGAUCUGCGGCAUUGUCACUGGGGCCGACGCGGGCAUUGACAGUAGUGUCCGUCUGAACUCUGUCGGAAAAAUGGGACCUUCUUUGAGGGAUAGCGUAUAUGUAGAAUCACAGGACCUUAGCGUACAAGCGAUAUGGGACACUUAA